GGAUCUUCCCGGACCGGGGCACGAACCCGUGUCCCCUGCAUCGGCAGGCGGACUCUCAGCCACCCCGCCACCAGUCACAGGGCGACAGAAAGAAGCCACCACCAUAAAAGGAUGUCUGCACAAUCUCCCUUAAAACACCGUGCCAAGGUUAACCUAUUUCAGUUUGGGUGAAUACUGACUGCUACCACACAGAGGUCCCAACAAGGCACUAAGAGAGACCUGGAACACUGCUGAUGGAUAUAAAAAUGGACAACUUUACUACAGCCUCUGCAGCUCCGUCAAGCGACUGUGACCUCUACGCCCACCACCGCGCAGCCAGGGUCCUCAUGCCUCUGCAUUACAGCAUUGUCUUCAUAAUGGGGCUCGUGGGAAACCUGUUGGCCUUGACUGUCAUUAUUCAAAACAGGAAAAAAAUCAACUCUACCACUCUCUAUUCAACCAAUUUGGUGAUUUCAGACAUACUUUUUACCACUGCUCUGCCUACACGGAUAGCCUACUAUGCACUGGGCUUUGACUGGAGAAUUGGCGAGGCCUUGUGUAGGAUAACUGCUCUCGUGUUUUACAUCAACACGUACGCAGGCGUGAACUUCAUGACCUGCCUGAGCAUUGACCGGUUCUUUGCUGUGGUGCACCCCCUGCGGUACAACAAGAUGAAAAGAAUUGAACAUGCAAAAUGCAUUUGCAUAUUUGUCUGGAUUCUCGUACUUGCUCAAACACUCCCACUGCUCAUAAACCCUAUGUCAAAGCAGGAGGCUGAAAGGACUACGUGCAUGGAAUAUCCAAACUUUGAAGAAACCAAAUCUCUUCCCUGGAUUCUGCUUGGUGCAUGUUUCAUAGGAUAUGUACUUCCGCUCGUCAUCAUUCUUAUCUGCUAUUCUCAAAUCUGUUGCAAGCUCUUUAAAACUGCCAAACAAAACCCAUUAACUGAGAAAUCUGGUGUAAACAAAAAGGCUCUCAACACAAUUAUUUUUAUAAUUGUUGUGUUUGUUGUCUGUUUCACACCUUAUCAUGUUGCAAUUAUUCAACACAUGAUUAAGAAGCUUCGUUUUCCUGAUCUCCUGGAAUGCAGCCAAAGAUAUUCAUUCCAGAUAUCUCUGCACUUUACAGUGUGCCUGAUGAACUUCAAUUGCUGCAUGGACCCUUUUAUAUAUUUCUUUGCAUGUAAAGGGUACAAGAGAAAGGUCAUGAAGAUGCUGAAACGUCAAGUCAGUGUAUCAAUUUCCAGUGCCGUGAAGUCAGCCCCUGAAGAAAACUCACGUGAAAUAACAGAAACUCAAAUGAUGAUACAUUCCAAGUCUUUAAAUGGAAAGUAAAAAGGAAUUAAAUCUUGGAUUUAUAGCAAAGUAAACUGUAUGACAAACUUUGCAGGACUUUUCUUAUAAAUCAAAAUGAUUGUUUAACUUCUAAUUAGGGUUCUUUAAAAUUCCUUUCAUUGGGCACUAUUUCUCACCUCCGACUUGGAAGUAAAUUGAUAUAUAUGCAUUUUUUUACACUCGAGAACAACAUUAAGCAAAGUUCUAAUUUGUAAAUGAAAUACUACACCAAAAGGGAGCGUAUUUUAAUAACUCGCAGUGUGGAAAGAAAAGUUUUGUGUUAAUGAAAAAUUUAAUCAUUACUAUUUUCUGCCAAUAAUUUGGCAAAAGAAAAAAAGACUGUUAAAAUUGUAUAUUGCCAGUGUAGAAAUGUU